GUGCUCACACUGCAGGGGGGGGGCUGCGGAUCUCGGUGACAGAUCCUGGCUCAGGCAGAUGAGACGGCCAUGUUGGUCUCCGUGCAGUUUCUGCUCCUGCUGUUUCUAUGUCAGUCUCUGGGGGCUCCCAGCUCGGCCCACAGGGGCAGAUCAGGAGAAUCUGAUGAUGAUGGUGAGACCCAGAACCCCUUCUCUUCAGGCCCGGAACAGCUGAAGAUUUUACAACAAUAUCUGAAACACAGCGACUUGAGCCAGGAAAACGCAUCGAGCCUCAAGAGAGAGACAGCGAUCCUCCAUAUCUUCCUUCUCCACGAUUACGACAAGAGCGGACACCUCGACGGCUUGGAGCUCAUGCAGCUGCUGAGCGGGAUCCUGUCUGAACGUGAACGCGGCCGACCGCCUUCUAAAUCUGUCAUUUUUCUGGUUGACGAAGUCUUAGAGAAACAAGAUCUAAACAGAGACGGCCUACUGAGUGCCCCCGAGCUCCUGGUGCCCCCUGUUUACGCCUCUCAAUCCCUAACUGAAGAUCCAUCAACAGACACUAUCCAUGUGGCCAUACCCCCUCCUCAAGGCACCUUGGAAGAUGGGACGCUGGAGGCUCAGGAGAAUCUGGUGGAGGUCCUACAGGCUGGAGACCAGGACAGCCCGCCACAGGAUACCAACGGCCAAAGUGAUGAUCGGACUCCCUCACCUGCAGAAGCCAACGGGGACACUCCGAAGGAGCCUGGAGCAGAAGAGAACGAAGAACUGAAUGAUGAGACCCUCCCCGAGAAGGUAGAAGAGGAGGAAGAACAGGGAGAAGAGGAAAUCCAUGAAGCGGUUGUGACCGAGGACGACGUGUAACGGAUGUAUCCCGGAAAGCGCUGCUCCCGUCUUCUGCAUCCAGGAGCCCGCCUGCGCCCGGCCCGGUGAAAUGGAGCGGACACCCUGCGGCGUUACUAAGGAGCUCUCGCUAUACCCCUUCUCAGUGGAGCUGGGUCGAUGGCCCGGCGCCGAGACUUUUCCUGAUCCCGGUUACACUCCCUGUGCUUCAAGCAGAGCCUCCUGUCCUCUCACUCCGCUUAAUCACAAUGAAACGAGGAAAGACUCUGACCGCCUGAGAUUAUCCGAGUAUAAAAACCGGACCACUAGACCUCCAUCCGGGGUAUUAUACACAGUAUAUAGACCCUACACGGGGCAACCAAUCAUCGAAAACCACGUAUGGAUCAGGGACACGUUCCACCAUCCCCCGCUUCACAACCACUACAGGCGUGUCUCUGGCUUUUCUGGAAUAAAGUCUUUUCGUC